AAUUAAAGUUGAUGAUAAUGACUGUUGGGUGUGUGGCUUCAUGGGACUGAAGGCUUUCUGACCCCUACUACUUUACGGGUCACAAAUUGAAAUUGCCCCCGUCAAAACUUUUCGCAUAACUUUUUUCUUUCCGAUUAUCUGAGGAGCUUUGCCUGAACUUGACAGCAUGCCGCCGGAAGAAACAGUUUCCAAGUCACCUCUCGAUAAACCUCUCAAUCAACUCACUGACGAUGACAUUUCUCAGCUCACACGCGAAGACUGCCGUCGUUACCUCAAACAAAAAGGAAUGAGAAAGCCGUCAUGGAAUAAAUCACAGGCGAUUCAGCAAGUUAUAUCGUUGAAGGCUCUCCUCGAGCCGGAUACUGACGCCGGAACUCGGAAGAAACUUCACAUUCCUCGUGCAGAUACCCAUGUCCAGAGAGGGAAAAAUACCUAUGGCGAACCUUCUGAACCAGUGCCUGAUAGAAGAAAUCAGCAGGACAGACCUGAUCUUUCCAGUCAUAUUACUGCCCUUCCGGUCGCUGUUGUUGAUAAUUCAGCUCCUUCUAGAACAAUAGGUUCAGCAGAUAAACCAGUAGGACAAAUGACAAUCUUCUAUAGAGGCAAGGUGAAUGUCUAUGAUGAUGUGCCUGCCGACAAGGCACAAAAAAUCAUGUGUCUUGCUUCAAGCCCUCUUUGUGUGCCUUCAGAAACUCCAUCGAAUGCCACUGUAGCAGCUCGACAUUCAGCAUGCUGCUUACAAGCUGCAAAUAGUAAACUACGCCUAGAUACUAAUAUGGUACCGACUAUUCAAACAGUGAAAAUGAGUGAGGUUUCUCGAGUUCCUAUAGAAGAAAGCAACCGCUUAUACAAUGAUAAUCCUGAAGCAGUGGAGAGCCCCGCAAGCAGGAAAGCAUCAGUACAAAGAUAUCUUGAGAAGCGAAAAGAAAGGUUCAAGUGGAAGAGAAGGGUAGAAACAACUUCAUCAGCUAGCUUGGAUAUCUAUUUAAGUGAUCAAAUUGGGACUCGUACGCCAAGUGACUAUGCAAGUGGGGCUGAUCUUUGCUUCACACCCCACAUUAUACCUACAGGAAGUGGUCCUAUACAAGACAAUAUUCAGAUGAAUCCCACUUUUUCUAGUGAUCUCAAUGACAGAGAUGUUAGAGAGUGAAUGUCGGAAACUGAAUGGUUGGGGAUGCACACCAGAUUUCUGUUUUUGUCUUGAAAUGUUCGGAGGCCACAUCAUGUUCUAGUGUAUGGAUAGUUGUAUGAAGUGUGAUGAUGGUAGCACUUGGGACAAUAUCUGUGAAACUGCCUUCUCUAUCUAGGUUUGUCUGUAAUGUAAAUGAAGAGAGAAUUUAGUGAGAAAUAGUUGUCAGGUCAUGAAACGUUUUUUGCUUUUCUUAUAACAGCUAGUCGUCCUCUUCAAUAUUGAUU